UUAUGUUGUCAUACUUAUCGAUAGCAUUCGAUAAACAAAACAAUUGACUUCGAAAAGUGCACUGAUAUCACAACUUGCAAAACAAUACAAAAGGCGAAUAAACAUUUUCAAUAAAUAAAAAAUAACUUACAAAACAACAUAUAAUGGUAAUUGUGUGCUUAUCAAUUUUGUCACAAAAUAAAACAUCUUUGUUGGAAUAAUAUCCAAAUGAAAUGAAUAGUAGCAGAAGGACUUUACGAAAGUGCGCACUUGAGCUGGUAUUAUAGGAAAACCAUUUGACCUAGAAAUAAAACAUAAUUAGCUGCGACACAAUGAGUUCUUUAUUCAAUAGUUUUAGCAAAUUUUCCAGCAAGCGCGAAAAUGCUAUUAAAGAAGCGCUUAUAAAUACGCUGAUAGAAAAUUCACGUGAAAUACAAUAUGAAGUAAAGCAGCGCGGGUGUGAAAGUUUGGAGCUUUGCGAAUCCACCAGCACGCUAUGCACGACCUUGGAAGCAAUUUUUCUGCAUGGCCUUAAGGAUUCGUUACUUUGGAAUACGAUAAAUGUGAUAGCAGGAGAUGAAGAACGACGGCCAGAGCCAAGCUUUUGGGCACCUCUAUUGAUAUUUAUGCACAAGCAAGUUAUCGAGCAGGUUCAAACACUUUCGCAAAUCACUAGCGAAAUCGGCCAGUGUCGCGCUUGGAUACGCCUCUCACUUAAUGAAUCUCUCUUUUCCGCUUAUCUAAAUAAUAUGCGCAAAGGCAAUUCAGCGCUAAGCCCGUAUUAUAAAAAGUUUGCAUUGCUCAAAGAUAGUGAUGGACUAGAAAUGGCUGCGAAGACCAUGGAAGGCAUCGAAGCAUUUGUACAGUUUAAUUUGCCAGUAAAUUCGAGCUUGCUCAACUAUUGGCCUGAUUAUGCAUUGCAAUUGUCAGGGCUAUGGACGCCACCGUUGAAAUCAUGUCCGAUAAGUAGCGGCGUUGAUAUCGCCGACACACUCGACAUUGAAGAUGCUGAGGUAGCUGAAGCCGUUGUAAUGUUGCCAACGCCACGCCCGAUAAGCACGAGCGAAGCUUUUUCACAAAAGAUUGAGAAUUUACCCCUGCUACAAUCGCCGAGCGCUGCAGAAAUUGCCUCACAACGCGAAAGUGUCGACAUACUGUUGAAAACUGUCGAUGAAAUGCAAAUGAUAAGCGAAGAAAGUACCGAAGAAGCCGCAAAUCAAAGUCAAACAGGCGACAAAAAUACGCCAGAAGAUAACGAGUAUGCAUUAAAAGGUCACAAAUCAAAGAAGAAACGUAAAAAAUCAAGGGAACUUGCUGAAGCGCGCAUACGCGACUAUAUAACCGGUGAAGCUGGCUAUAAAACGGAGCCAACCUCGCCCAUAACGCCUGGUAACUCGCUACAGAAUUUAAUGCACACAUCGUGGUCGGGUGAUGAAUCUUCGGUGUCCGAAUUGACUACACCAAUCUUGGAGCGGCCCUUAUAUAGACGUGCUUCGAGUAAUGCCAGUACGCUCAGCUACAAUACUUUGUUGGGCAAGCAUGAACGCGAAAAGCUACAAAUACAAAUUAAACAUAAUGCUUUGACCGUGGAGCGCACAUAUGUGACACAUGCAGAUGGUGAGGCUGCAACAGAGCAUGAGGGUGAGAGCAAUGGCAGUGAUUCAAAUGAUAGUCGUUUGACCUUAGACUUCGAAGUGGUGCCCAAUUCUAAAUUGGAUCGCAUGAAUGUCAGCGAAAUACAAGAAAUGCUGGAACAGAUGUACAAGCUGGCGCGGCAACCCGGUUUGGACGCGCAGGGAUUUCUCUGCAAAUCAUGCCAACAUCCUUUGGGUAUUGGUUACACGAACUUUCAAGUUUGCGGUUUCAGUGGCAAUUACUUUUGUGAUAACUGCAUGGACAUGGAGCAGUUGAUGAUACCAGCAAAAAUCAUCUACAAUUGGGACUUUCGAAAGUAUGCAGUAUCGAAGCGUGCUGCACUUUUCUUAACCGAGUUUCGUAAUCAGCCGGUUAUUGAUUUGGAGCUUUUGAACCCUGAAAUUUAUAACGCCUACGACGCCAUGUCCGACCUGCAAUCCUUGCGCAUACGUUUGAAUUUUCUACGCGCCUACCUAUACACCUGUGAGCCGAAAAGUAUACAACUACUACAAUUGCAAUUCUAUGGACGUGAAUAUCUCUACGAGCAUAUACAUUUAUAUUCCGUAAGCGAUUUGCAUUUAAUAUUGCGUGGCACACUCUAUCAACAACUGCAAAAGGCAUACAAAAUAGGCGAAGGACAUGUUUUGAAGUGUCCCUUGUGCAGCGUCAAAGGUUUCAUUUGUGAAAUUUGCAAGAGUUCACGCGUAUUAUAUCCAUUUCACAUUGAAACUACAUACAGGUGCGAAAUUUGUGGCGCCGUCUUUCAUGCGCAAUGCCUCAACGAGCAGCAGCCAUGCCCGAAAUGUGAACGCAGGCGUAAAAGAGAGGAGUUGGAUUUAGAAGAAGCAAAUUUUGCUGGAAAUGCACAAAGUUUGUCUGCAGCAACAACUGAAAACGCUGAAGCUGUGGGCGAAGUGGGUGAAGUGCAGGCAAUGCACUAGAUCUACAACAACAACAUCUAUUGUAUGUUCUAAAAUAUUUUAGGUAUAUACAUACAUAAUUAGUUAAGUGUGUGUGUGUAAAAGCGCAAUUAAUAAAGUAUGUGUAAAGGCGUAGCAAAGCAAA